ACUGAGCUUAUGAACAUGAACGCGCAUCGGGGCGGAGCUUCCGCACAGGUAGGCGGAAGAUGAAGCCAGUUUGUCCGCAGGUGAGCGGCGGUAGAGGAACCCAUACUAAGACAACGACCCACCAAAAGUGGAGUGUAAAAGCAGAAUGACUUUAACACAACUUGUACACUAAUAUAAUCAAAGGGGACAUACCACCAUGGUAAAUUCAGGAAUAUGUUGUGCCAGCCUCAAGGACAACCAUGCCCUGAUGAAGAUGGGGCUGGGGCUGGUGCUGGUGGGCCAUGUCAACUUUCUUCUCGGAGCACUGGUGCACGGCGCUGUGCUCAGGCACGUCAACGUGCACUCUCAGGCCCGGAACAUGGUGUACUCCAUCUCUAAUAUCAUUGCUAUUGUGGCAGGCUUGGUGGGAAUUAUUAGUGGAAUAACUGCCAUUGUCCUGUCCAAAAACAAGAGAAACAGGAUCCUGCAGUGGGUCUUGUUGGUCAUCAGCUUCCUGGCAGGUCUCAUGGCGCUAGCCUCCACCACAGGCUUGUCAGUUUCUAUGGUGAAAGCCAUUAUUAACAAUGGACAGGGCCUGCUAACACACUGUUUGAAUUCUGAUCUUAAUGUCAGCUCUUUCAGCAUCACAUACGAAUGCCCCUUUGACCCCACCCGCAUCUAUGGGACCAUGUUCAUUCUGUGGGUGCCGCUCAUCGUAAUGUCCGUGGUGGAAACGGUGUUCUCUUUCCGCUGCUUUGCUGCCUGUACUUCAUUCCUCUACCUCUGUCCGUGCAGGAGGAGGCCGACCCAGACCAGGAGGGUGCGUAUCCAGAGACCUGAUGAAACUCCAUCAUUGCCUCCAGCACGAGACGCUGAGCCUGUAGAGCAGGAUGAACUGCUGGGUGACACUGCAGUGGAGCAGAGUGCGUGGCUCUGAACCAGCUAAACCUAAUGAUAGGUUGCAAACCGCUUGGCUUAACUGGAUAAAACACGUUACCUGGAAGUUGUAUUAAGUGUGUCUGUUACAUAUUAAAUAUUUGAAGACGA